UGUAUCGUACGACAUCCGAAAACCGUUGUAUAGCCCCGCCCAUUUCACCGAUAGAAAAACAGUCUGCUUCUCUUCCAUUCAGGUACUUUGCUGAUUCUCAAAAGCCGGUAGAAUCAGUGACAGCUAGUUCAUAUCACGACGCGUAUCGCAGUCCAUUUCACCAUCAUUUUUCCCCACCUUAUUAGAACGACAAAUAGAUAAAGACUAUGGAUUCAACUGGAAUUCGUGCGAAUAUGUCUGCUCAACAGUUGAUCGAUCAUGAAGUGUGCGAACGUUCAUUAAGAAACUCCAAUAGGCAAGAUGGAAAAGUGUCGACAGACUCGAGUGGAUCAAGUUCACUAUCCAGCUCAAACUUGAAAAUCAAUACGAAGGAAUCACCAUGUGUAAGUGUUUCUUCAGCAAUCAGCUCCUCAGGAGAAACCAGAACUGAGCCCCAGCUCACAAAACGACAGAUCAUCACCGUCAGCAUCCUCUGCUUUGUCAAUCUAAUCAAUUACAUGGACAGAUAUACAAUAGCAGGAAUUUUGACCCAGAUACAAUGUGAUUUGAACAUCGGAGAUACUGAGGGGGGACUCCUGCAGACAGCUUUUGUCGCCAUAUACAUGAUAUGCGCCCCUGUGUUCGGCUAUCUGGGUGAUCGAUACUCACGACGGCUCAUCAUGGCAGGCGGGAUUUUCAUUUGGAGCCUGACAACGCUACUUGGCUCUUAUAUGACAACCUUCUGGGGGUUCUUGGUGAUGAGGGCUCUUGUAGGUGUUGGUGAAGCAUCAUACUCGACUAUUGCACCAACAAUCAUUUCCGACUUGUUCGUCGGCGAUACUCGCUCCAAGUUCCUCGCCCUUUUCUAUUUUGCCAUUCCUGUGGGAAGCGGACUGGGCUACAUUGUCGGCUCGGAAGCGGCGAGGAUAAUGGGUUCGUGGCAUUGGGGACUUCGAGUCACGCCCGUUUUCGGUGCUAUUGCCGUGCUACUGAUUUUGUUGGUCGUACAAGAUCCUCCUCGCGGCGAAUCGGAAGGCGCCCAUCUAUCAGCCACGAGUUGGUGGGACGACAUUAAGUCCCUGGGCAAAAACAAAAGCUUUGUCAUGUCCACUGCAGCUUGCACAGCGGUAGCGUUCGUCGCUGGAGCCCUGGCGUGGUGGGGUCCCAAGUUUAUCGCAUUGGGCUUGGCCACUCAACAAGGUCAUCAGGAUGUUUCGCUGGAUGAUGUCUCGUACAUUUUCGGCUUGAUUGCCAUGAUUGCCGGUCUGUUGGGCGUACCCCUGGGCUCAUUCCUGGGUCAAAAGUUGCGUGUUCGUUACCAACGUGCCGACCCCAUCGUGUGCGGUAUGGGUAUGCUGUUUUCAACUCCCCUAAUGUUAGCCGCGCUGUUUAUCGCUGGAUGGAACACGACCACCUGCUUUGUGGUUGUCUUCUUUGGCCAAGUCCUGCUCAAUUUGAACUGGGCGAUUGUUGCUGAUAUCCUUCUGUACACAGUGAUCCCUACACGACGGUCGACCGCCGAAGCGUUCCAAAUUCUGUUUUCUCAUGCAUUAGGCGAUGCCGGCUCUCCGUACCUGAUUGGCCAGAUCUCAGAGAUUCUUAAGAAAACGUUUGCAACUCCAGCCACGACAUUUGUCAAUGAAUUACUCCUAAACACGACUGCAUUGGGGGCCGUGAGUACCUCUACCAGUUUACCUGAAACGGACAUAAGCGCAAACUGUUCCAGUUCAGGAACAUCUUCAAUAGAUCUCACCACUGUGGAAGGCGAUUUCAAAGCUCUCCAGUGGGCCAUGUCAAUUACGAUAGUUGUCGAAGUUCUAGGCGCUCUCUUCUUCUUCGCAACAGCAUGGUAUAUCGUCGAGGAUAAAGCUAAAGUAGAUCGAGCGAUUGCAGGUUUCGGAUUCGAUGAUGAAACAAGACAAUUGUCACCGUCAAGGAUCCGUUUGCCCCAUGGCAACUCGACACCUGAAGAAGAGCAACCAAUCACCAUGAAAGGAUCACCUUCCGACUACUUGUCGGCUAUUUAAUAACACAAAAACAACAAAAACAAAACAAAAACAAAUGGAUAACGCAAGAAACAAGUUCCUGACUAAACAUGAUAAGAGUUGUUGCGUUUUGUUUGUUAAUUUUAUGAUGGACAAAUCCAACCCCCCUUAUUCUAGUCUUUCGUUCUCCGUGUUAAGGCCCAUCCAAAUCAGGGCCUCCCUAAUUAUCCGUCUGUGUGCCCAGCUUUAAAGAAUGGCUUCAGACUUAAUUUAUAAUUGUUGCCAGCCGAGGUGCUCAAAAAACAAAACAUCACAGUUGAAAACAAUUCUCGCUCGCGUCGACUUCAAUUACUUGUUUCUUUUCCUCUUCAAUGUGUAAUGCUAGCUAUGUCUCCAUCACUCUGGGCGUGCUUUUUUUUUUUUUUUUUUUUUUUUUUUUUUUUAAAGAUAACCCCCCUGAUCUAAUUUUCCCCUCCCUAUGACUAUAUGUUGAAUAGUUGUACAUUUUCUCUGGCUUCAGAGAACGUAUUGUAUUGAUUCUGGGUCAUAUCGUCAUGUUGGUCGACAAGACGAGCGACCGUUUAUGUCAUAUUGUUCCUGCAUAUUCUUCCACAUUGGAUAUCAUUGAAUAGAUCGAUGUUGAUUAUA